CCACCGAUCGUGGCAGACGAUCACAGGCCACCGUGGGAGGCAGACGCACGCUCUCUGCAGCGUAUUGGCUGUCCACACUGGGACGUUUUGCACUCGAAAACGAGCACGACGACAUUCCGGACGCGUUUUAUUGUUGUUGUUGUUGUUUUUUUUGCGAACAUUUCGAGAUGACAGGAGUUUUUGAGAAUCUCAGCACUGAUAUGCACUCCAACCAGAUGACCUCCACGAACUACCACAGCUUGCACAAGUCGCAGGAGUCCCCCACCUUGCCGGUGUCCACGGCCACGGACAGCAGCUACUACAACAGCCCGCAGCACGGACACUCGUGCGGCGGAUUGCCCUUCGGAGAGCUCGCUUCCUUCCAGUACCACGCCAGCGGGCCCGGCGCGGUGCCGUACAACCCGAAGUCGUACGACAUGCAGGCGGGAUUCAACUCGUCUUACGGGGCGUACAGCACUUAUGGACCCAACUCAUCGCCCGCUCCUGCCGAGACCGAAAAAGAAGAAAGCGAGCCAGAAAUCCGGAUGGUGAACGGAAAACCAAAGAAGGUCCGAAAACCUCGAACCAUUUAUUCCAGUUUCCAGCUGGCCGCGCUCCAGAGGAGGUUCCAAAAAACGCAGUAUUUGGCGCUGCCCGAGCGGGCCGAGCUGGCGGCGUCGCUGGGCCUCACGCAGACACAGGUGAAAAUCUGGUUCCAGAACCGGCGCUCCAAGUUUAAGAAGCUGUGGAAAAGCGGCGAAAUUCCACCCGAGCAGCACGUCCCCACCGGCGAGUCGCCCCCGUGCGCGUCCCCGCCGAGCGCGUGGGACUUUCCACAGACUCAAGGCAUGAGUGGCUCCACGUUACCUCCGAGCUGCGGCAGUCCGCACAACAGCAGCGCGCCCUCCUCUUCUUCCUCCUCCUCCUCUUCAUCCUCCUCUUCGUUUUUGGCCAACUACUCCUGGUACGCCAACACGAACUCUGUCAGCCACCUGCAGCCCUCACUGCUCCACCACAACCCGGCGAUCACUGCCGGGACGAUAUUCUGAAGGGGGGUUGGGUGGGGGGAAGGAGGAAAAAAACGGGGAAAAAACGGGACUCUGGUGGUGAAAAAUAUACGCGUUCAUUCAUUUGAUGUGGGUCCUACUUUUACGCGCGGAAGCAUCGCCAAACUGUGGACGUUUGCCACCUUUUGGCACAUACACGCCCACAUUUUGACGGUUAUUUUUGUAUUUAUUUAUUUUCUUUAUGUCCAGGGAUGAAUGACUGAAUGAAUGAAUGAAUGAAUGAAUGGAUCACUAUUAAACUGGACUUUUUUUUGGGGGGGGGGGGGCAAACUCAAAGCUCCCCCGUCAGUGAUGUAGCACAGCUCAACUGUAUCGUGCCUUUUUCUACUUGACCUCAUGAUUAUGUUGUGUGAAAUUAUACAGCUCCGAACAAAAAUGAGAGACUUAAAAAAAAGAAAAAAAAAGAAAGGACUUUUUGGGGUAUUUUGACCUUUUUUCAUUUUCUACAAAUAAAUGCUUUAAAUAACAAUAUUUGUAUUUGGAAGUUUUAUUUCAGUCGAAGAAAACAAAAAAACAAACAUGUUCAUUUUCUUCGAACAUAUAGCAAAAUUUGCGAAACUGCAAAUUUUGCAGUGGUCUCUUUUUUUUUUCAAGAGCUGUAUAUUUUAUAAAACAGCUUUUAAUGUUGGAAGUGUCUCCACGUCUGUAAAUAUUAUUUUUGAUAGCUCAUGACUUUUAUUUUUAAAGGCAAUCGGUGCAAAAAUCCAUUUUCCACCACAAGCUACUGAUUGUUCUACACUCGAUUGACUUGUAUCGCCCUUCAUUGUGUUUUUUGUCUUAUUUAUUAUUAUUUUUUUAAACAGUGCUCCAUAUAUGGUUAUUUAAAUAAACAUGUUUCCUGUGA